AGACGUACAUGAUUGUUUUCAAUGCACAUGGUCUUAUGAAUUAAGUGAUACAAUUCUGAAAACAAGUCUGAUGAAAGCGAGCGUCUAAGUAAUUAGCUAGUGGUAGCUUUAUCAGGUAGCUAGAGGCUAGUAAGCGUCAUUGGCAAAGAACCUACCUAGCAAGUUAACAUUAGCAAAACAAAUGGUAUGCUUUGUAUGUGGCAGAUAGCAUGCUAGUAGUUGUGGCCCGUAUUGCUUUGAUGGGUGGUUUAUACGUCUUUAUUGUUAAACUAGGUUUAGUUUGAGACCGAUUCAUUUUUUACAUAAGUUGACUUUGGAACUAUCCUCGAAAAGGACAAGCUAGCUGUCGUACCCUAAAUAGUUAGUUCCGCAGACUCACUGACUGUGCUGGCUAGUUUACCUUGUACGUUAGCAUGGCUAAUGUGAAGGCAGCAAUGCAUUUCAGCUGGUGGGAACUUGUAGUGACCGGUUUUGGUUCUAAAUAGCCUCGAAGCUAGCAGUGAAGUUGAAACGGGCUGUAUUAGGCUACAUAGUAAUAAUAGCACAUAGGUCAAUAUCCAUUAUUAACUCUACGGUAAUGGUGGUGACCAAUAAUGCUAGCUCACCAUUUAAGACACGUCAUUGUUUUGCUUUAACAUGAGUUAACUGUUUAAAAAUCCGAGAACUUGGUAAAGCACUUCGACUGUCCCCUGUUAAACUUCAAUGGAAUCCUUGUCUAAAAGUGUGAUUGACGGCUUUUACUGCAGUUGACUAGUUCUAGGGGUGGCGUAGCUAUUUUUACAUGACAAGAGCCGCGAAUGCAGUCAGGCCACUUCUCAAACGUCACUGCAGUUUGGCCUUACAUGAGAUCCGAGAAGUCUUGAUCCCAUGCACCUGCUGUGGCGGCUGGCAAUCUCAUUGUGAGCAUCAUUCCACCUGUUACUUUGGACUAGGCAUUUACAUUUGGUGCAUUUACACCUAAAGAGACCAUGUACUGCCUGCAGUGGUUGCUCCCAGUCCUGCUCAUCCCAAAACCUUUGAAUCCAGCAUUAUGGUUCAACCACUCCAUGUUCAUGGGCUUCUACCUGCUCAGCUUCUUGUUGGAGAGGAAGCCGUGCACCAUUUGUGCCUUAGUGUUCUUGGCAGCACUGUUCCUCAUCUGCUACAGCUGCUGGGGAAACUGCUUUCUCUACCACUGCCAUGAUUCUCCACUGCCGGACUCUGCACAUGAUCCCAAUAUCGUUGGCACCUAAAGAGCAUCAGCUCAGCUCGCUCAACAGCUAUAAUCUGGACAAUCUUAGCCUAUAUCUAAAGCCUGGAACCCUUCACUGGAAGUCCCUGCCAGGAGUGAAGCAAUGCUGAGAAAUAGCACUGUCUGCCCAUGAUGUGAUGAUGACAUACCUUAUCCCUCUCCUACACAUUCACCUCUUUUUUAUUUGUACUGUUGAUCUCUUUCUGGGGUCAGAUAUGAAAACUGCAUGAGUGACCUGUAGGGUUCUUUUGUCUUUUUUUCCAGUGGUUUAGAAAUCAUGCAUUGUUACCAACGUUUUCCCAAUGGUGUAAAUUAAAACGAGCUCGAGUGGGUCACCGCCCUUCCUUCCAUCAGGUUAGAUUGACAGUGAUUUGGUUUGCAAGGAAGCCUUAAGAGAUGUAUGGAGAACAUACAGCUUGUACCAACACCCCCCCCCCCCCCCCCCCAAAAAAAAAAUCCCCCAUUCCCCCCAUCACAAGAUCAGGUACUCUGACAAUUUCUAUUGGUGACCCUUUAGGUGUGUUAACCAUCAAUUCUGCUUGGCAUGAUUAUGGAAAAAUGUCCAUGUAUUAUUGGAGUAUGUGCAAGAUCAAGGGUAAUCUGAUUGUCUUGGACUAUAUGGGAUUCGGUGUGUCUUCAGCAAGGACCUUUUUAUACACAAUGGGAUAAGCAGUCCAAAUGGUUGAAUGUUCAUAAUGGGGAGAAUGCACCACAAGAAUUACCUAGCAUAGGCUGAACAACAGGUGUGACAUGCCCCUUGUUUACGUCACCAAAGUCAUUAGAUGAAAUGGUGCAUUUUUUUUUUCCCCUUGCGCUGUUUUUAUUCAACCUACUACCCUAGAUGACCUGUUUGGAGAGCUUUUAGCACUUCAAAUUACUUGCCCCCCUGUAUUUAGACUAAUGAGCUUUUCGGUUGAAAGGGUUUAGUUUUGUACUCGAUCUCACUCAGUAUUACAUCGUUCUGGACAGAGGACCUAUCUGGAUGAGGGUUAAUCUUUCUGCUGGUGGCCAUCCAAUGACCCACAGGCACACAGCGGCUUAGUUGUUUUUGUUUGCCUGGUCUGCUUUUAAAAGAAACUUUUUGACAAUGAAUCCAACAAUACUUGUGAAUUGUGUUGCGUGUGAUUUGUCAUAGCGUAAGAAAACAAUUGUUUGCCAUUAAACGAGAUUAGAGUACA